AUAUUGUGUUGUGACUCGUGAGUCAACACAUCGACAACAACAGUUUUAUUUACUCAGAACUAUGAAUCUGUUUAUGACCGUUGUGGUUUUGGGUACGUGCAUGAUGGCUGUGUGCCUGGCAAUGCCUCAAGGAGGUAAAGAUGGUGCAAUAUUUUCAAACGAAGCCAUCAGACAAGCACAGAGUACACAUCUUAUACCGCAAAAUGCUCAGAUUCAGAAGGUCCAAGAAGGCGUAGAGGUGGUCGCAUACGAGUCGAUACCUGGGUCACAGGCCAUCAACCUGUUCGAAAUCCUCGGCGACCACGUACCUCCAGAGGUGGUCAGCAACCUGCAAACCCAAGUUGAUCAAGUUGGAAAACAGUGAAAAUGCGAUAAUAUAAUUUAAUUUUGUUUAUACAUAAUAUUAUUUAGUUUGUCUUCCUAAAAUAAGUCUGAGUAACUCGCGCGUAGAAUAAUAAUGUUCUUAUAUUAUAUGUUUCAACGUUGAGUUCUAAUAUACACAUUAUCCAUCUAUGUAAUACGAGUCUUAUGCAACAUUGUUAUCGAUUCGUUUUUAACAGAGAAAGUAUUUUUAUUUUUCGAUGAAAGUGCUUUCACCCACUAUUUCAUUAUUAUUAUUUUUUUUUUUUUUGACAAAUGCCUAUAUAUAUACCUACAUUUACUUUCUAUGCAUGGACCGUCUUUAUUUAAUGUACUACCCAUAUGCCCUAAAGAUAUUACAAACCAUAAACAUGAUCUAAUUUAUAAAAUGUAUGUAAGUAACUACAUAAGAAUAUGUUACUAAAUUCUGUUUAUAUAUAUAUUUUUUAACAUUAAAUAUUUCAAUUCAAAGAAUACAAUAAUAUAAUUUAUUUUAAUAA